ACUGGUUCAUCCUAUCAGGCAGUAGAUGGCGCUGCAGCUUCCGUGAUUUUCACAACCGGAAAUGACACCGAGACUGAGAAGAAGAAGAAAUUUGGAGCUUGUGAGGGGAAAACACCACAGGGAGAGGUAAAAUACACCAACUUAAAAACAGACCUUUAAAGUAAAAAAAAACAACAACAUAUAGGCAACUGUAACAGUUAACCGCACAGCAAGCCUCCAGCGUAUCUUCGACCUGCUCGGUUUCACGCUGGAAGCUGGUCAGCGGAGGUUAGCCGACCCGUGAGCCGGCGUGCAGCCGUAGCAUGUCGGUACACUUCGAGGAGAGGAGCGGUGUCGUCCCCUGCAAGACGCCAUGGGGCUCCUGGUACCAGACCAUGGAUGAGGUCUUCAUUGAAGUCAACGUGCCUCACGGGACCACUGCUAAAGAGGUCAAGUGUCACCUGGGGUCCAGAGACAUCGAGCUGUUGGUCAAGGGAAAGGAAAUAUUCAAGGGAAAACUAUUUGGAACAACUGUAUCAGAUGAGGCCACAUGGACACUAGAGGAUAAAUGUCUUAUCCGGAUCAUUCUGAUGAAGACCAACAGAGAAGCAGGGAACUGCUGGUCCUCGCUGCUGGAGGGGGAGUAUUGUGCGAAUGCUUGGGUCCAAGACCAGAUGCAGAGAAAACUCACUCUGGAGAGGUUUCAGCGAGAGAAUCCUGGAUUUGACUUCAGCGGUGCAGAGAUCUCUGGGAAUUUUGCCGGUGGCGGUCCAGACUUUUCCAGCUUACAGAAGUGACCCUUACCAUGAUGCUAGUACAUGCUUGAGGAGUUACCUCUGCCCAUCAUGCACAAUGUGCAGAACAACAGUGGAUGCAUUCGGUCUACUGUGACAAGAAUUUGCCUUGAGACGAACUAAAAAGCCUGGCUGUCACAUCAUUGGUCUCGUCCUCAAAGGACUGAUUUUGUGCAAACCAGAUGUGGGGAGUGGGAAGGCUCUACAAAGGAAGUUGAUAACUCUCGUUAUGAGAAUUUUCUGACAUGUUUUAAUAAAAACAAAGUGCACUCA